ACGUUGAAUGGGCCCGGAAUAGGGCCAAAGGUCUCCGACGAAAGCGCAGAGACGGAUCCACAAAGCUUUGAAGUGUGUGCGACGAGAAUUGGAUAAAUAGAUAGAAACGGACGCACGGUACCAACUGCACAGCGCAAGCUUUAGCAGAUUCGCUCACGAGCCUCCGAGGCAAGCAGCAAUGGCGGCCGAGAUCUUCGAGCUCUCCAAUGGCAGGAUCACCGCCAAGAUCGCCAACUUUGGCGCAACCAUCAUCUCCCUCCUCGUCCCCGACGCCCAAGGGGAUCUCGCGGAUGUUGUUCUCGGAUUCGACACCCUGGAGCCGUACUUGAAAGGCAUUUCACCUUAUUUUGGCUGCAUAGUUGGCCGAGUUGCAAAUAGGAUCAAGAAUGGGAAAUUUACUCUGAACGGAGUUGAGUAUUCAUUGCCUAUCAACAACGGACCCAACUGCCUUCAUGGUGGGCUGAGGGGGUUUGACAAGGUUGUGUGGGAUGUCGUAGAGCGUAAAGACGGGAAAGACCCAUCUAUCACCUUUCAAUAUCACAGCAAGGAUGGAGAGGAAGGUUUUCCUGGCGAUGUAGUGGUCCGAGCAACGUAUUCUCUUCCUGAGCCUACCACUUUGAGACUUGAUAUGGAAGCUAUAGCAGAAAACAAAGCCACCCCCAUCAGCUUGGCACAACAUACUUACUGGAACCUGGCAGGUCACAACUCCGGUGACACAUUGGGCCAUUCGAUUCAGAUCUGGGGAAAGUACUACACGCCAGUUGACGAAAACUCGAUUCCUACCGGAGAAAUAGUGCCUGUCAAGGACACGCCUUUCGAUUUCACCACAUUGCACAAGGUUGGAGCACGGAUCAAUGACGUUCCUGGAGGGUACGACCAUAACUAUGUGCUGGACUGUGGUGAUGAGAAGAACGGCCUGAAGCUCGCUGCCAAGCUGAAGGACCCGUCGACCUCGAGGACCCUGAAUCUCUGGACCGAUGCGCCUGGCAUGCAGUUCUAUACUGCCAACUAUGUGGAUGGCAUCACCGGCAAAGGUGGAGCUGUUUAUGAGAAGCAUUCUGCUGUAUGCUUGGAAACCCAGGGUUUCCCCAAUGCCAUCAAUCAGCCCAACUUCCCCUCUGUGGUGGUGCAGCCUGGUGAGAAGUAUAAGCACACCAUGUUGUUUGAGUUCUCGGCAUGAUUAGAGAUGCUGUCAACAGCUCAAAUGGCUGCAACUGCAGCACUUGUAGAGUGGAAUAAAACUAGCAGAAGAAACAUGGUCUAGCCCUAGGCGUAAAAAUAAGGUGUGUUUACCAGAACUGAAUGAGUUUUACCUUGCUUAGGAAACAGUGUUCCUGAAUGUUCCAAUGGUAGAUGAUAUUUUGGUUACACAUAACUGAGAAGAUUUUGCUCACAUUCUUGCCAAAAUAUUAGAGUUCAUUCUCUUGUGAAA